AUGAGGAUUUCUCGCCUUGUAACCUCGUUGUGCACGAGUUUGCUUACGGCAAACACUGUCUACGGCCUUCCAAAUCCUCAACUACCGACUCCUUCCAAUCACAUCUCGGUGACUGAUGGCGCGCGCAAUGAGUCCCAUGUCAUCAAAAGAGAUUUGGUUGACCUAAGAAUUCUACCCCUCGGAGCUUCUAUUGUCUGGGGACUCUUGUCGUCCGACUUGAACGGCUUCCGCAAGCCCUUGCGGGAUCAGCUACGAUGGGAAGGCUAUGCUGUCGACAUGGUUGGUAGCAAGUUUAGCGGAUCCAUGAAAGACAACGAUGUAGAAGCCACCCCCGGAUACGUCAUUGACCAGAUUCACACGGCCGCUGCGCUGAGCUAUGGAUUUAAGCCUAAUGUUGUACUCAUCAACGCGGGAACGAAUGACUGCGUUGGCAAUGUCGACAUUAAUAAUGCCGCUUCGCGUCUUGAGUCAAUGGUCAAUGAUCUAUGGGCCAAUGUUGCCGAGGACACUGUAAUCAUUAUCUCCACCAUUCUCAUCAAUAAUGUCGAGUCAGUCAACGAAUGUCGGGCGAUUGUAAACCCCAUGUAUCGUCAGCUACAAGCUUCUCUAGCCGCCGAGGGCAAACCCAUUUACCUGACAGACUUUGACGGCUGGAUCACCAUUGAUGACAUUACCCAGCCGGAUGGCACGCACCCUACCGAUGAGGGUUACCGAAGAAUGGCCGGCGCGUGGUGGGAAACAAUCGCGCAGGCUAACGCUGAUGGCGCAAUACAACCUCCGCAGGACGUUGAUCUCGACACGGUCACAACAACAUGCAGCAAAGUUGCCGGUACCGGGGUCAACGCAGGCGCCGAGACGCAAACUGGUAGCGGCUACGAUGAUGGUAUCUACUAUCACAAUAGCGAAGAGCAGGGUAUUCUGCUCACCAUCACCAGCCAGUGGGACCGCAACCAAUGGUACUUUGCUCGAUUGUUCAAUCAGGAGCGCGACGACCUCUUGGGCUGGAUCAACGAAACUGAUGGGUCGAUUACGUAUGCACUUUGGCGCAACGACGGGGAUGGAGUCAUGACCAAGAUUGAUGACAUGACAAAUUUCCCCAACCAGUGCAUCCCUCGUGGUGGGAGGUUUAUCGAUCUCAAUGCAGACGGUCUAGACGACUUUGUCUGCAUUAGCAACCCCGAUGGUGCUCUUUACGGUGUCAUCAACAACGGCGAUGGCAGUGGUAGUAGCGGACCUACAUGGACCUCGAUUGGACUCAUCAAGGAUGCCGAUCCCAACUUUCCUCAGGCGCAGGUGCGGCUCGGUGAUAUUGAUGGUGAUGGUCGUGCGGACUUUAUCGGCCUCGAUGCCGACGGCACUGCUCAUGUUUGGCGCAACGGUGGAACCGCCGACGUGCCAAAUGUCUGGCAGGAGAUGGGCACUCGCUGGACAGGCGGCGAUAUGGAUGACCUGGCCGGUGUACGGUUUGAAGAUCUCAAUGGCGAUGGGCGCGACGAUUGGAUGUGGGUUGCGGAUGUAGGCACGACCUACACAUGGACCAACUCGCGUAGCUGCUUGAAAGGAAUAGUCGGCAACGGUCUCAACGUCGCCUGGCGUCAGGGCUUUUACACGGGUGCAACCAGUGGUCCGACGCAUCUGGCAAGCUUCGAUGGCGAUGUUGACCGCGACCGCAUCCACUUUGCCCGCAUCUACGGCGAGUCCGCGGCAUUUUCCUUGCUAGGCCGCCAGGACUAUGUCUACAUGGAGCACAUUGCCGACGGCGACCUGCACACUUUUAAUAUGCGCGUGUGGCAGAAUACUGGUAGCGGUGCAGCCAAGCUCAAGGCCGACGGCGACAAGUAUGGCAAUAUGCAGGGAAGUGCCACGGGACGCCAAGACUAUGUGUGGGCGUAUUCGGGCGGGAAAAUGAUUAUUUUCCCAAACGGCGGCGUCGACUACAUCACCGAGGGCGAGAGUUACUGGAUCCAACCGCAGCAGGACAUGUUCGACCCCCAGACGCUGAUCGGCCAGUACCUCGACCGCCGUGACUUGCAUCUCACAGACUUUGACGGCGACGGCAAAGAUGACAUUGUCUGGACGGACCCAGAUAAUGACAAUCAUGUCUCCGUUUUUAUCAACCAGUAUGACGGCACCACUUGGAGCUGGGAGUAUCAAGCCGAUCCGGCACCAGCUCUGUCGUGUCCCUAUACCAAGGGCAUAGGAAUCCAUGAUAUUCCGAUCCGCUGGGGUGACAUCAGCGGCAACGGUCGAGACGAUUAUGUCUGUAUUGCCCCUGAUGGAACAAUGUCUGGCUACGUCCACGAGACGGACGGCUCAUGGACGUAUAACACGCAAUUCUUCGGCCCCAAGGGAUACGACCGUGCUAAUUUUCAACUCGGCGACGUCAACGGAGACGGCAAGGUUGAUAUCAUCUGGACUGAAAAGUUCUCUGGUGACGGCUAUGUCUAUUACAACGAUGGGCCAGAGAAUGUUGCCGGGUCGAGCUAUCAUUGGGACGUAGACGCAGACUUGCAACCCGCGUAUGCAUAUGCUGGUAACGUUGCCGGCACGUGUACCUACUACAACGACCUCAAUGGCGACGGACGUGUGGAUCAGCACAUCAUCCUCGAGUCAUUCAAUAAUAACGCCGAGACGUCGUACAACCUGUGCGCGGGCGAUCACGUUGGUGAUGACGAAGAUCCUUAUACUGACCCAGGUCUGCCGAUUCCCGCGACUACAGCGCCAGCUACUACAACUGCUGGUGGUAUCACGACUACAGCACCCAUUGGUGUGUCCUCGAUCACGCCCAUGCCCACUUGUGUCAUUGCCCAGGAUCCGGAUGCAGGUAUCAGCACUGCAUACUGUGUAUGCAGCGACUACGACACCACCCUACCGACACUUGCUGGAACUUCGUCGCCUUGCGCAUAUACUGCUUUGCCCACCAUCACCGCCGCCACAACCGCCGCCAAUACCGCAGGAUAUACAUAUACCGACCCAUAUGGCGACGUCAUUGCGUGCUCGACCAGCUCAGUGGACGCCAUUGGUGGCAUCACGUACACGGCAUGCGCAGGCGGCAGCAAGACACUGGUGACGGGAACACCUCUGCCCGCGGUGACGGCGGCUUGCCGAGUAGCCGAGGAUCCGGACCAGGGCAUCAAUACCGCAUUUUGCACUUGCGACGACAGUCCGGGCUAUACGCUCCCGACCCUGACGGGAUCGCUGCCCUGCGACUACACGUUUGUGUCGACCGUCACCCUUACUCCAACUACCACGGUUGCUGCGACGCCGACACCCAAGGGCUGGGCUGAUGUUGACGACGUUGUGUCUUUGGGAGCAUGUGGCGUCCCGGGUCAGAGUUGUCAGAUUGCGGAACCCGUUUUCACCGAUGAUAUAAUCAACGACUUUUGCCAGAGCAUUAUUGAUAGUCCCAACCAUCAUGCUAUUGGUGUAGCUGGUGUCGGUGGUGCUACGUGGGCCCGCGGCUCUAAAUUGGAUUGCGCCCUCACUGGACCGCUCACCGUGGAUGAAUGCCAUGGAAUUUUCGUAGACGUCUAUUCUGAUCCGGAUUGUGCCGUUGGAAAAAUCAACGGCAGCACCGAGUGCCAGGGCUACAUUGAUGAUCCAGACGGCACAUACCUAGGUAUUCUUGGCAUCACGGGGUCUUGUGUCUGUUCAAAAUAA